AUGAAUUAGUAUUAGGCCACUCAUGACUCAACUUUGAAUACUUCUUUAUCUAAAUAAAAGUAUUCAUUUCCAAGAGCCAGAAGAGAACCCAUUUAGAAUAAAUCAGCGUAAUUUUCUUUCUAACUUCAUAUAGAACUGAUUAAUUAAGUUACAAAUUACCCUAAUCCUUGGGCACUAGAAUGGCUGGAAUAGGAUAUGGACUUAAGUACCUCAAGUUUAUUUUUUUAGACAUGAUUUUUCUAAAGAUGCUAAACCAGUUCCAGCUCCAAAUUAAUAUGAAAUCUAAUCUUUUAUUGAAAAUAACAUAGACAAAAAGAAGGGAUCCACAUUUGCUUAUAGUAGAGAUUAAAUGAAAGCCCAUGGAAUUUGGGGUUCUUUGAAUUAGCUAUCUCCAGGUCCUGGUAGAUACUCUUCAACAAAUUCCCUUAUAGAUUCCAAAUUUACAUUUGGACUAAAACCAGGAUCUUUAAAAUAGCUUAAUACUCCUGGUUAUUAAUUUAUCUAUUCGUAGGACCUGGAUCCUAUGAAGCUAUACAAAUAACAAAUCAAAGAGGAAAUCAAUACAUUUCUAAAUUCAGAAGUUCAGGUGCUGCCAUAAUAGGCAAAGAUUAAAAUAGAUUUAAAACCUUAUAAAGUUUAAAAAUUAUUUAAUAAUAGCUUAAAAUAGUUUUCCUGAACCAGCUAGCUAUGAUAUCUCGAAUACAGGAAUCACUGGAACAGGGUUCUGUGCCAAAAAUGGAUUCAAAUCUUCCGUCUUAAAUUCUUUCCCAAAAGCCACUAGGAAAGGGCCAUUCGAUUUAGGAGCCAAAAGUCCUGGUCCAGGAACUUAUAAAGCUUAUUCAGAAUUUGAGUGA